UCCACCUGCCCCCGCCGACCGACGGCUCUCGGCCAUGAGGACGCAGAUCGAAGCGAUUCCCUGCAAGGUCUGCGGAGACCGCUCGUCCGGCGUGCACUACGGGGUCGUCACCUGCGAGGGCUGCAAGGGUUUUUUCCGCCGCAGCCAGCAGGGGGCGGCCGCCUACUCGUGCUCCCGCCAGCGCUCCUGCCCCAUCGACCGUGCCAGCCGCAACCGCUGCCAACAUUGCCGCCUGCAGAAAUGCCUCGCCUUGGGCAUGUCCCGCGACGCUGUGAAAUUCGGCCGCAUGUCCAAGAAGCAGCGAGAGAGUCUACACGCCGAGGUGCAGAAACAGCUUCAACAGCGGGAGCAGAGGCUGGAGGAGGAGGAGACCCCCCCGGCGGCCGCAGCUCCCGCACCCCCUCCCCUAGGCCCGGGCCUCCCGGAGACCCCCGUGUGCCCUCCGGAACCCUGCCCCUACCGCGGCCCGGCUAAGCGGGGUCGGGACGGGGGCUGGACCCCACUCCCACAGGCCCCCGAUGUCCCCUGGAUGGAAAUCGAGCGACUGGUUCGGGACGUUUGCCAAUCCUUCCGUCAAACGUGCCAGUUCCGUUUGGACCACCUCCAGCGCCUGCGUCCCCUCCUCUUCUCCCGGGAGGAGGUGGCCGGUUACCAGCGGAAGACGGUGUGGGAGAUGUGGCAGUGUUGUGCCUGGCGCCUGACGGAGGCCAUCCAGUCCGUGGUGGAGUUUGCCAAGGGGCUCCCCGGCUUCAUGGAUCUGUGCCAGCACGACCAGAUCGUCCUGCUCAAAGCUGGCGCCAUGGAGGUGGUGUUGGUGAAGAUGAGCCGCGCCUUCAACGCCGACAACCGCACGGUCUUCUUCGAGGGCAAAUACGGGGGCCCCGACAUCUUCCGAUCCCUGGGCUGCGCUGAACUGGUCGGUGCCAUCUUCGACUUCUGUCAAUCUCUGUGCGCGCUGCGCUUCUCCGAGGACGAGAUCUCGCUGUACGCCGCCCUGGUCCUCAUCAACACCACCCGGCCUUGCCUGCAGGACCGAGAGAAGGUGCAGCGCCUUCAGCGCCUUUUGGAAGCCGGUUUCCACCUCCUCCUGGGCGGAUCGCACCGCGUAGACGUCCUGGCCAAGCUCCCACCCAAGACGAAGCUCCGGACUUUGUGCAGCCAACACGUGGAGCAGCUCCAAGCCUUCCAGCGCCUCUACCCGGCCUUGGCCCAAGACACCUUCCCCCCGCUCUAUCGCGAACUCUUCAGCGUCGAAGCCGAGACCCCCGGGGGGGGCUGGCCAGUGACCCCCCACCCCCUUUUCCCUCCCCCCAUCCCCUUUGCCAUCCAAUCCCCCCAAGGCACCAUCCAGUUGGGAGCAGAGUUUCACAAACUCAGCUCCCUACCAGGGAAUGUGUCUGUUAUUUUUCUUACGCGGUGCUCUCCCACUACUAAUAACAACUGUGGCAUUUUUGAAGCGCUUAGUAUGUGCCGGGCACUGUACCCAGCUCUAGGGUGGAUUCUAGACUCUCCUGCUCCCAUUGGCCGCGGCGGGAAGGGCGGGUUCGGGGAGGGGGCGGGCGGCGGCGCGCGACAGGUGCGGCGCGAGCGGGCGGGCUCCCCCAUUGGCCGGCCGCGGGGCCACGGGGCGGGGCGAUUGGCUCCGAGGCCGGGAGGCGGGGCGGUGAUUGGUUAA